UACGUCACCAGCUCCGCUGUCAGUGAUUCCGUGAAAUAAAAGCAAUUGUUUGUUGUUUUUCAGGAACGGCAUCGUAUGGUUUAAACAUGUCGAUUUACCGGAAUACCGUCUGGUUUGUGAAAGGACUGCAGGAGUACACAAGGAGUGGCUACGAAGCUGCAGCAAAGCAUUUUACUGCAGCGGAUCUGGACGUGAACCUGGACGGGCGGUCCUUCAUGAUAACAGGAGCCAACAGUGGGAUUGGGAAGGCCACAGCGCAGGAAAUCGCCAACAGAGGAGGAACAAUUCACAUGGUGUGUCGAAACCAGGGCCGCGCAGAUGAAGCCAAACGCAAAAUAGUAGAACGGAGCAACAAUCAGAAGGUUCACGUCCAUAUCGUGGACUUGUCCAGCGCGAGGCGUGUUUGGGAGUUUGCCCAGAACUUCUCACAAAACAACACUGUCCAUGUACUGAUCAAUAAUGCCGGCUGUAUGAUCAAUCAGAGAGAAGUAACUGAGGAGGGUUUGGAAAAGAACUUUGCCACAAAUACACUCGGCACAUACAUCCUCACCUCAGCGCUGAUUCCAGCCCUGAAGAAGGUGGAAGACCCGCGAGUGAUCACUGUGUCUUCUGGAGGGAUGCUGACGCAGAGGCUAAACGUUGAUGACCUGCAGUUUGAGAAGGGCACGUUUGACGGCACUAUGGCGUACGCGCAGAACAAAAGGCAGCAGGUGAUUCUGACUGAGGUUUGGGCUUCUCAGCACAAAGACAUCCACUUCUCCUCCAUGCACCCGGGCUGGGCGGACACACCGGCGGUCCAGUCCUCCAUGCCUUCCUUCCACGCGAGGAUGCAGUCCAGGCUGCGGUCUGAGACCAUGGGGGCGGACACCGUGGUAUGGCUUGCGGUUUCUGCAGCUGCUGCCAAGCAGCCCAGUGGACUCUUUUUCCAGGAUCGCAAAGCGGUGCCAACACAUCUGCCGCUGGCAUUCUCCAGGUCCACCCCGGAGGAGGACCACAAGCUCCUCACCAUACUGGAGCAGCUGGCCACCAAGUUCAAACCAUGACCUCGACACAUACUGGAGUUUUUUAUUGUUUUUUUUUUUUUAGUACAAUUUCAGUAAAUGUGAUAGGUAAAGGUGUGCAGUGUGAUUUUGUGUUUCAUUGUAUCUUGAAAACUUUUCUUUUUGUGCUACAUUUCACACUGUGCAGUUUAGUUCACUCAUGUGGCUAUAUAGAACAAACUUUUGAAAAUUCUUAAAAUAAAUAUCGAAGGUGGUCCAGGU